UGACAGAAGCCGAUGACGCACCAAUAUGGCAUGGCUUGUACUUCAUUAGUUUGUUAGUAAUCGGAAAUCAGCAGCCUAACCAUUUUGUUCUGGUCAAUUUUAGCCAAAGUUUUACCAAAUUUAUUGUGAAAAAAUCAAACGAAAAAUUGUCAUGGAAAUUGUCUACGAUGUAUCAUCUGCUGUAGGAGAUGUGAACCAGACCGACAACAUGGUGCCGAUCGAAAUGACAAAUAAAACCGGCACGAAUCUGGCCGAUUUGAAUGAAUAUUGUCUUCUCGAUAUAUUUUCAUGCGAUUAUCUGACUCCGGCCGAUCUGAGCUCAUUGGCAGAUACUUGUAAACGCUUCAAACAAAUAGCCGAGCGUGUGUUUCCAAAGCAGUUUGGCAUUAUAAGUGAAAAAUAUUUGAUCGGCAGGGAAACCUCUGACAGUAAAUCAAAAUACUUUCGUCAAAAAUCUAUCGAAUCAAUUUUGAAGAAUUUCGGCUUCCGUCUUUCAACAUUCAAACUAGACGAGACGAAUGAAGAUGUUGUAAGUUUGAUAGCAAAGUAUUGUAGCAAGGUCCAUUUAACGCGACUUGAAAUCCACGGUAUGAAGAGUAUUGAGGGCGUCAGACUGCAACUGCAAUCGAUUUUUAACCGGCUUCUGAAGCUCUCUGUCAACAACUGUGAUUUCCGUGGUACAUCCCCAGACAUCACUUGUGAUGCACUGAUUGAAUUGAGAAUCACUGAAUCGACUGGUUGCGGUCCAAUUCUCACGAAGACUUUCCCAAAUUUGGAACGAUUCAUAUACCGUUACGAUUCAAUGUGGUCUAAAAUUAGCGACGACAACACCAGCAUCAUCGUAGCAUUCAUCGAAAACCAUAGACACUUGAAGACUCUGCAGUUGAUUGGAUCGUCGAUAUACUGCAACAGCGAACUCGUGGAUGCAAUCGGCAACAGUGGCCAAGAAUUGGAGGUGUUAACCUUACAAAGCUUGAUGAGGCCGAAGAUUUCAUUUGAUGUUCCAAAUCUACUGAGUCUGCCAAAAUUAUGGAGACUUGACCUUGACAUUAACUUUGAAAAUUACAAUCAGAUCAUUGCACUUUUGCAAGCAUCACCGGUAUUGAGAGAGGUCAAACUGUAUUUUGAGGUCGAGAUUCCAGUUCAAGUUUUUGAUAGUCUAGCGCAACAGCAACAUUUACGUGAAUUGAUUUUGUAUUAUUACUCCUUUGAUCGCAUUGAUUGGUCAAUGUUGACUCAACUCAGGAAGCUUGUCCUAUUCACACUAGUCAGUAAAUUUGGUCCGGUCGAUCUCCUCAAGAUAGUAAGACAACUGACAAAUUUGGAAGAAUUGAGAGUUGAUGAUUAUAAGGGUAGUGAUGCGUUUCUUCUAAGCGAAAGGGAUUUUGAUCGAAUUGUUAGAAUAGUUGAACGUAGGUCGAAUGUGCUGACAUUGAAGUGCAGACAUGAAUUUAAGUUGUCGGAAAAUUGUGAAAAAAACCGGAAGGUCAAAUUAUUAAAAAUAAACUAGACGACGAUUGAGUAUUCA